CGCCCUUUUCAUCCCCCUUCCCCGUCCGCACGCGCCGACUGCCCAUUGUCCCCCUGCCCUCGUGUCCCGCCUCCUGCUCACGACCUACUAUACGCUCCCCAUUGUCCAGCAUUGACAUGUCGGCUCCGGACAUGCAGCAGCCGCAACAGCAGCAGCAACAACAGUUCGAAGUACAAUUCGCGCAGAACGUCACCCCGACGUCGUACGCGACCGAAGUCGCGACCGGGGGCCCGGUGCCUCCCGUGAACGACUUCCAAACCGAUACUUUCCUCUUCGCGCCCGACGAGGCGAGCGAGCCUGAGCAAGGCGGGAAGAAGCGCCGCCGCCGCCCUCGCGACGCGGACCACAUCCCCCGCCCACCCAACGCGUUCAUGCUCUUCCGCGCCGACUUCGUCAACAAGGGCCGCGUCCCCCCGUCCAUCGAGACCGUGCACGGCAACCUCAGCAAGAUCAUCGGCGCCGUCUGGCGCAACCUCCCCCCUCACGAGGCGCAGUUCUGGCAGAUCAAGGCCGCGAAGGCCAAGCAGGAGCACGCGCGCCUGCACCCCGAAUACAAGUACCGCCCCAACCACCCACGCAGCAAGGCCGCGCAGGACGCGAAGCCCCAGCAGAUUCGCGCCGCCGCGCGCGCAGCGCUUGCGGAGGCACGUGGAUCAAACUUCGUCGAUGUCGAAGGUGCCCUGGUUGAUGUCGGACCUGGCGCCAACCCGCACACCACGCCGUAUCUCGCGUCGUUGGGCAACGAGCCGACUACCGCCCAGACCGCACACGACGAGCGCCGCUUCAACGUCGUGGCCAAGUACAUGCUCAGCGGUAUGCGCGACGAGGAGCUCGAGAUUGCCAUCAAGGAGUGGGAGAAGGCGCACGACUGCGAGACUGAGUGCCAGGCUGCGUACUCGCCGCCGUCGAAGAAGAGGAAGGUCGCAAGCAAGGCGAAGGGAUCCGCACGCUCUGCUGCCGCUCGCAAGCGCAAGGCAGGCUCCCCAGCUUCCUCCCGCGAGUCGUCCGUCCCCAGCUCCGACGGCGACUUCGAGUACCAAUUCAGCUUCGACUCCCGCUCCUUUCAGGAGUCGUCGGGCAGCAGCAGUGGGCCGAUCACUCCGUCGCCUCCUUCAUCAUACUGCAGCUCCGACUCGCGUUCGCCCUCGCCGUACUCUGCCAUCUCUUCGUCGUCAUCGUCGCAGAUGCCCUACCAGCACGGGUACUACCAGGAGCCGAUGCACCCUUCGUUCACCGGCUCCUACGUUGGCAUCCACCACAGCUUUUACCCGUCCCCGCCGCCUUAUGAGCAGGUGCCGCAGCAGCAGGACCUUCCCCGCCGCCGCUCCUCCAGCGUGCCCCCGCCCACCGUCACCGCCGCGAACUUCCAGCAGUUCCAGCAGCCGCAGCAGUUCCAGCAAUCCGCGCCGUCCGCCAUGCAUGACACCGCGCCCGUCUUCAUCAACCCCUUCGCCCCGCGGGGCGAGAAUGAGGCGCCGGAGCUACUCAUGGGUGGCCCGAGCGACCAGGACGCGGUCCAGUUCGCAGGCGGCUACACGGACGCGUUCGGGCGGCGGAUGUCGGCGACACGGACGGACGCAAUUAUCGGGGCGCACCGGCGCGCGUCGAGCGCGUUCGGGUACCACCCGGAGCCGUACGCGUACGGGGGGAUGCAGAACUUCUUCGACCCGGCGUACACGAUGGAGCAAGGGUACGACCCGACGGCGGUGGAUACGAUGCACUCGCCCGCGGAGUACUUUGAGCCGCAGGAGUACCCAUCGCUGGUCGCGCCGACGCCCAUGCGUGCCAGCCCGCCCAUGCUGAACGCGACUCCAGCGGCUGAGGAUAACUAUUCCUCGCUCGAGUCGUCCUACCGCCCUGCCUCUGCGCCCGCGCCCGAAUCGUACACCCCGGCCAAGCAGCCCUCGUUCUCCCUAGAGAGCUUCGUCGACUUCUCUGCCUGCACCGACGAAUCCGAUGCCAAAUCCGAAGGCAACUAGACUUCGAAGACCAUAACGACCUUCACGAUAUAAAGUUCUCCUCUCUGCCUCCCCUCUCACCUCGCUUUCGCAUUCGAAACUGCAAAGUAUACUUACAGCCAUCUAAUCGUCUGUCUCCCGGCCUCUCUCCAAUGUCUUUCUGUCUGUCUCCCUGUUCAUCUUCCUAUCUACCUGUUUUAAUACCUGCCUUCCCAUUGCGCCGUGUUGCUUGCUUGACUUAUACAUACUUACGAUGGCCUCCCUACGAUGAGUCCCUUUGACUUACGAUGGUCCUCUUGACUUUUUUGCUCGCGUCUUUUGCACACACUGUAGCCUUCUCAUACCCCCUUGUUCUCGGCUCGUGCGUCUCGUUGCUUCCGUUGCCUCUUGUAGCCAAAAUGUAGCAUAUUUCUGAAUCAAAGGAAUCCCGGGUUGAAUCCGGCUAUCUCUGCUA